AUGUCAGGUUCUCUGCGGCCUACCGAUGAUGAUUCGUAUGCAGUGCUCCUAGUGUCUGGAGUUUCCAACAGCACACUUCCAAACGAGUUUACUAAUGGAUCACUGGAUCUUGUCAAGUAUCUAGUGGAGAAGGUCAACGUCGAUGUCAACUUGGAAGUUGAUUGUGUGCAGUAUUCAUUUGGCAAGGCACUGCUCCGGGUUGGACCCUUCAACACCGCAUUUAGCGCGGCUAUUGCAAAGAGGUUCAGUGAUAUUGUCGAGCUCUUGGUGGAAGAAGGAAAUGCAAACAUAAACUUGAAGCUUACCUGGGGGAGGAUUCAAAACUUCGGCAGUGUAUUAGACUGUGCUAUAGGGCGUCGCAGUGCAGACUAUUUAGAGUAUCUAGUACCCCAUAAAACGGCGGACGUGAAUAUCAGGCAUCUGCAAGGGCCAUAUGCCAAUCCAUUAAAUCGUGCAAUUUUCGAAGCGUAUGAAGAGGGUGUUCGGAUUUUGCUUUCAGCUGGAGCAUCAGCAGAUUUAGAUGGAAUAACAGAUCGGAUCGCUUUUAAGGGUUUAGACUCCCGACUUGGAGCUGUACGCCCGUGGGCGUGGGUGUCAAUCGGGAGUGUUUGA